CGUUAAACUGUCCAAACAAAAUGAUAGAUAGUGUGCGACUAUUUUGAGGAGUGCGCUGCAGAAGCCCACAAGGGGGCUGGAAUUGUUUCUUCUCUCUCCUCCUCACUCUGUUUCUGUCUGUCUCGGAGGCAGCACGGUGUCUCUGUGUGCCUGCUGACUGCAGAUUGUCUGCAACUCUCCUGUGGCUGCUUGUACUUAUUUUACCGAUGAUAUUUUUAUGGCCACGGAACGGUGCAUCUUUUGCAUACUCUGACUGUUACUCUAAAGGAAUAAUUUUCUCCCAUUCUUUUUAAUUGUUUAGAAAUCCGUUUAUGAUGUUUGCUAUAUUUGGGGAUACAGUAUGUAAACCUGUGCAUUUGUGAAUCACCUCCUCGCUUAUGAUUCUUACUACAGAGCAAUCAGUAUUUUGAAAGAAGUGAACAGUAGAACAUGGACUAAUUUUUGUCAUCAUGAUGGAACUAUUAAAACUUACUUUUGUGCUGUCUGUUUUUUGCAUCUUUUCAGUUUUAGGGUUCGGAGUGGACCCUGAUUUGCAGAUUAACAUUUUCAAGGAAUUGCAGACUGGGGAGUCGCUUACUGGAGUUUCGCAGGUCCAGGGUUUCCACAAUGAAAGCAGAGCGUUUCUCUUUCAAGAUACCUCAAGAAAUAUUAAAGCUUCUCCAGAAAUAGCUGAGCGGAUGCUACAGAAAUUGAGGAACAAGAGUGAGUUUACAGUCCUGGUCACAUUAAAACAGGAGCGGCUCAAUUCUGGAGUCAUAUUAUCCAUCCAUCACUCAGAUCAAAGGUACCUUGAGCUGGAAAGCAGUGGUCAUCGAAAUGAAAUUCGGUUACACUACCGUACAAAGAGCCAGCAAGCACAUACAGAAAUUUUUCCCUAUACCUUGGCAGAUAAUCAGUGGCAUAAAGUUUCCAUAGCUGUGAGUGCAUCUCAUGUGAUCUUACACAUAGACUGCAACAGGAUUUAUGAAAGAGUAGUGGAAACGCCAUCAAUGGAUAUUCCCAGUGAAACAUUAUUCUGGCUGGGACAAAGGAAUAAUGCACAUGGCUUUUUUAAGGGAAUAAUGGAAGAUGUUAAUUUGCUUAUUAUGUCUCAAGGAUAUAUUUCGCAAUGUCCAGAUCUUAAUCGCACAUGUCCUACCUGUAAUGACUUCCAUGGGCUUGUACAAAAAAUAAUGGAACUACAAGACAUCCUAGCAAAAACAUCAAGCAAGCUGUCCCGUGCAGAGGAGAAAAUGAAUAGCUUGGAACAAUGCUAUUGUGAGAAGACCUGCAACAUGAAGGGUAUCGUCUACAGAGAAUAUGAAUCGUGGACAGAUGGCUGUAAGAACUGCACAUGCAUGAACGGAACAGUUCAGUGUGAGACGCUGUUUUGCCCUCCUCUGCAGUGUUCUUCUGGGUUUUCUCCUGCUUAUGUAAAGGGUGAAUGCUGCAAAAAGUGUCAGCGUAUAUGCUUAUUUAGUGGAAGAACAUAUCUUGACGGUGAAAGGAAGGCGGUGUAUGAUUCAUCUGGAAAGUGCAUACUGUUUGAAUGCAGGGACAGGACAAUGCAUCGAAUGUCAAGUGAAGAUUGCCCAGAGCUGAACUGUCCGGAAUCUGAACAGAUUAAUCUCAGUGACAGAUGCUGUAAAGUAUGCAAAGGUCAUGACUUCUGUGCUGAAGGCCACAGCUGUAUGGAAAACUCAGAGUGUGUUAAUCUGGAAGCUGGGGCCUGUUGUAGCUGCAAGGAUGGAUUCCGGGCACUUCGUGAAGAUAAUGCCUAUUGUGAAGAUAUUGAUGAGUGUGCAGAAGGAAAGCAUUACUGUCGAGAGAAUACCAUGUGUGUCAACACUCCUGGUUCCUUCAUGUGUAUCUGCCAGACAGGCUAUAUUAGAAUUGAUGAUUAUUCAUGUACAGAGCAUGAUGAGUGUAUGACUGGACAACACAGCUGUGAUGAAAAUGCUUUGUGUUUCAACACUGUAGGAGGCCACAGUUGUACAUGUAAACCCGGAUACACUGGUAAUGGUACUCUAUGCAAAGCUUUCUGCGAAGAUGGAUGUCAAAAUGGGGGCACCUGUAUUUCUCCGAACAUUUGUAUCUGUCAGCAAGGUUUUACUGGCAUCAGAUGCGAAACAGACAUUGAUGAAUGUGCAGAUGGCUUUGUGGAGUGUGACAGCCGAGCUAAUUGCAUCAAUCUUCCUGGGUGGUACCACUGUGAGUGCAGGGAUGGAUACCAUGAUAAUGGGAUGUUUUUGGCCAAUGGGGAGUCAUGUGAAGACAUUGAUGAAUGUGGAACAGGGAGAAACACGUGUGCCAAUGACACAGUUUGCUUUAACUUAGAAGGAGGCUAUGACUGCAGGUGUCCUCAUGGGAAAAACUGUACAGGGGACUGCAUCCAUGAAAACAAAGUCAAACAUAAUGGCCAGAUCUGGGUCUUAGAAAAUGACCGGUGUUCCGUUUGUUCAUGCCAGAGUGGUUUAGUCAUGUGCCGGCGGAUGGUGUGCGACUGCGAGAAUCCAACCGUUGACCUCUUCUGUUGCCCUGAAUGUGAUCCUCGUCUGAGCAGCCAGUGUCUCCAUCAGAAUGGAGUCUUGGCCUAUGGCAGUGGAGAUACUUGGGUGCAAAACUGUCAGCAGUGCCAAUGCUUGCAAGGAGAAGUGGACUGCUGGCCACUUUCCUGCCCUGUUAUCGAAUGCGAAUUUACUGUGAUUCCUGAAGGAGAGUGCUGCCCACGGUGUGUCACUGACCCCUGCCAGGCAGACACCAUACGAAAUGACAUCACCAAGACUUGCACCGAUGAGCACAAUAUUGUCCGCUUCACUGGGUCUUCAUGGAUUAAACAUGGCACAGAGUGCACACUCUGUCAGUGCAAGAACGGACACAUCUGCUGUUCAGUUGACCCAAUGUGCCUUUAGUAGCUGUGGAUGCUCUCUAGGUAUUUGUACAGAAAUGUCCGUAAGAACUGCAAUUUCUUGUCCAGACACUCUUUAUACCAAAUACAAACCUGUAUUAUACCAAACAGAACUGCCCAACAGACCCUUAUAUAUUCAUCAACACAACUCCAGAUUACCUUGUACAUUAAGGAAAAUGUUUGGGUUUCAGACUUUAUGCUGCAAAAAGUACUAAUAUUGGCAUGACUGUACUCAGUGUUUACCACUUACAAGUUUUGUAAUUAAGUAAUGGCUGAAAGAUUAUGGCAUCCACAAUAGUAAAGAAAUUUGUGUUUCAUUUCCUACAAGUAAAAACAUUUAUAUUUUAUUGUUCAGUAGCAAUGUUAAUUUCUUGAUUAAU